GAUAGUUCAUUAGUUAGCAAUCUGCGGUAAAAUAAAUAAUAAUAAUAAUACAAACUUCGAUUUAGUACAUUCACUAAAUAAGAGUUGUUUAGAAACGAAUAUGUUAAUUUUCUCCUACUGCUGACCCCUCUUGGCCAGCAGGGGCUGUGUUUUCAAUGUAGUUUUCUCGAAUUCUUCUUCCAACAACCACUGGGAAAGAUGGCGGAAGUGGAUAAGGAUGGUGAUCCUGCGGCUGAGAAAGAUUACUUACAGAUCUUAAAGGAACUAGUGGAUGAGUUGUAUAAUUUUCGGGAUCAUUACUUUGAGACUCACAGUGUGGAGGAUGCAGGGAGGAAACAGAGUGAUGUGGCAAAGGAGAUGGAGAAGACUCUAACGAAGCUUAGGGAGAAAGAAGAGUCGUAUAAGCACAGAGCUGAGUUCCUGCUUCUGCGGGGCCGCUGCCUGGGGGUGGCUCCAGAGUUUAGCACCACCGCCGAGGAGUGCCUGUCCAGGGCCGUGAAGCUGGAACCUGGGCUGGUGGAGGGCUGGAAUAUCCUGGGGGAGCAGUACUGGAAGAAAGGAGACCUGACCACCGCCAAGACCUGCUUCACUGGAGCCCUGCAGCAGAGUAAGAACAAGGUGUCUCUGCGCAGUCUGUCCAUGGUGCUGAGGCAGCUACCGGGCAGUGAUGAGCAGGGGAAGAGGGUCCUGGAGAGUGUGGACAUGGCCAGGCAGGCUGUACAGCUGGACGUCACAGACGGCACCUCCUGGUACAUCCUAGGAAACGCCUACAUCUCCCUGUUCUUCACCUGCGGACAGAAUCCACAGAUGUCUCAACAGGCUCUGAGUGCCUACGCACAGGCUGAGAAAGUGGACCGGACAGAAACCUCCAACCCUGAUCUACACUUCAACAGAGCCACGCUGUUCCAGUAUGAGGAGAUGUUUGGGUCUGCGCUGGGGGGGUACAGCCGGGCUGCGGCACUGGACCCCGCGUGGAAAGAGCCUCCAGAGAGGGAGAGGCAGCUGCUGGAAUACCUGGAGAAACUCACAGCACUCACAGAGAACAAGGGGAAGGUGAAGGCCCGGCGCCUGCGGACAAUGCUCUCCAACCUCAGCACGUCGGCCCUGGGGCCGUGCUCCUCCCCUCAGUUCCGCUCCCCCGCAGGCCGCGUUGGGAGCCUGGAGCCCCGCAACCUGUCUGCCCUGACACACGGCCACAACACUGGGGUGGCUGCCCUGGGCAAGGUGGUGUUCAGCCUGGCCUCCGAGGGACGCAUGGCCUUUACGUUUGGCAUGGUGGACAGUGAGGAGACCUGCUGCGUGAUCAUGGUUUAUAACACAGCAGACAGUUGGGGUGUUCUGAUUGGCGACUCAGUGGUCAUCCCAGAGCCCCAGGUCAAACGCCACAGUGUAGCCCACAACGACCAGACGUUUGACUUCCGCAGUAUACGAGUGGACUCUCCCCUACUCCUCAUCGUCAAUGGCAAGAGACAGAAUGUCCAGGCUCAGACUGCAGCCUCCGUCAGUUACAAGCCCCAGAGUGAAUGAGAGGAGGAGGAGGGCGGCGGAGGGAAGAAGCAUGAUGAGCGAGUGCCUGUUUUUUCAAAAUGUUUUCAUGUGUGAGUUUUGUAAAUAGUAUAUCCUUGUUAUGUUAAAGUCUUUAGGAAUACACUGUUUGUACAUAUUUAUAAAUAUUUCUUCGUUUUUUUUUGUAUUUUGUGGGAGGGAGGCUGAGGGAUUUUGUAAAUGACUGACUACAAUAUGAUAAUUCAUUACGAU